AUGUUUCGCAAAUCGAGCUUCAUUUUAAUCUUUUGCAUCCUGGUGCAGUCGACGACUGGCUCUAGCAAAAGCAAAGCUAAAUAUACCCGCUUGAAAACGGCGUUUGGUGGUAAAACAAUGCGGCGAGCUGAUCAAACGUUUAACAUCCACAACUCGUGCUGCGGGAAGAUUGAACGAAAAUUAUUGACUGAUAUCAAAGCCAAACUCGACUCUUUGUCUGACAAAGGUUCAGUUACCAGGACUGCUUGUCCACAAGGCUGGGUUCUUCAUGGAAAGUCAUGUUUCCUCAUCAUCAACAUUCCAACACUGAAGUGGAGCGACGCUAGGAGAACUUGCCAGAAUCUGGGAGGAGACCUCGCCAUAAUCAGGUCAGCUGAGGAAAAUAACUUUAUCUUUGACCUGGUGAAGAAGCAGAAGACANAGAACUUGCCAGAAUCUGGGAGGAGACCUCGCCAUAAUCAGGUCAGCUGA